GGAGAGAUCACCUCCCUCUGGUCAGCAGUGAGGCUCAAAUCUGCACAGAAGGGUUCAUUUCUUUCGAAGGAACAGGAAACACCUCCUCUUCAGCUGGACCGCUCGAGGCUGGUCCUCCUCCUCCAGAGGAUGACAGGGAGGAGAUCAUAUGGGAAGCUGCUCCCUCUCCAGUCCAGCAGCUACAUCAGCUCAUUUGCGACAAGCUACAGCAGAGACUGAGUUUCAGACAACCUCACUUUACACCUCUGACAGAGCUAUGGGAUUUCAUCCACUUUUUGCCUGACAAAUCACGUCUAAAUUUGGAAUUAAACUUUUUGCUUUGCAGUGAAAAGUUUGUUUGGCUCUUAUCCAAAUCAAGUAAUGGUCAUAGGUGAACAGUCCAGGAGUUUGGUGUGUAAAAGAAGAGCUUGAAAUGUUUGGUUUUUAAUACACAGUGAACAAGGAUGGAGCCAAUAAAAAAAGACAUGGAGCUGCUCAGUAACAGUAUGGCCACAUACGCUCACAUCAAAGCCAAUCCUGAGAGCUUUGCCCUCUACUUCAUGAUGGGCGUCUGUUUCGGCCUCCUCAUGGCUCUCUGCCUCCUGGUGACCGGCAUCGCCUGCAGGACUCGUCGCCCCCACAGGCCACCACCUUCCCCUGAGAGGAGACAGCUGAAAGAGUCCAGUGAGGAGGAUGAAGAAGAUGAGGAGGACAGUAUGGUGGAGGAAGUUAGGGAGGAGGCAGAGAUCCCCAAAGUGACAGUGGGGCCCCUGAGUGAGCGCAGCAGCCAGUCUAACGGGACUCUGAGGAGUGUGAACGUGUUUGCGUCGGCUGAGGAGCUGGAGAAGGCUCGGCGACUGGAGGAGAGGGAGAGAAUCGUCAGGGAGAUCUGGAGGAACGGACAGCCGGAUAUCCUGGUCACAGGGACUGGGACUAUUGGACGAGUCCAUUACCACUAACAGAUACUUUGACUGAGAACAAUGAAAUCAAACUACAGACCACAGAAUACAAAAGGCAAGACGCACAGUGCACAAUGAUGGAAAGAUUUUUACCACAAUUUGUAUGAUGGACCAAAGUGUUAGACAUUAAAAAAAGGAAUUGUUUUGACAUUGGUAUGUUGAGUGUUUAAAGACACAAAAUAAUGUAAGUCCUCUUUACCCUUCGCUCAACCUAAAGAAAACCACAACUACAGCAAGCCUUUAGAGAGAAAGACAUUAUGAGAAGAAUCUGGUACAAAUCACAAAAUACUGAUUAAAUUUUCAAACAUUACAGGGACAUCACUGACAUCUUUACUGAAGCCCAUCCUGCCACUUAAAAAAAAGAAAAAAGAUGAAAGUAAAGCAAUAAAAAAGGACAAAUCCUAAUUAAAAGUACAACGAAAAAAGUAAAAAAAACAAUAUUGGAUAAACAACUCAAAAUGAUAUGAUAUACUAAGUCCUAAUUAUAAGAUAAAAAAGUUGUAAUUGUGAGAUAAAAACUCAGAAUUAUGACAUAGAAAGUUAUAAUUAUGAGAUCAAAUAAAUUCCAAAUUAUGGGAGAAAAACUUAUUGUUAUUAGAUACAUGUUCCUCAUAGUCAGGGAUGGAAAGUAACCAGCCUAAUUACAUUUACCCAGAUAACUGUAAUUGCGUUUUCUGUAGUACACUUUGAAAUCAAUAUUUCACUUCUACUCAGUAAGUUUUAACCAGAGUAACUGUACUUUCACUUGAGUACCAUACUCUUGUUUUUUUCCAUCUCUGUUGACAACACUGCAUUUCAAAUCUGGGGGGAUGCGUGGGCAGAGUUCCUCAUUAUGCCCCUGGUCAGGGUGUUUAAGUGAGUUUUAUAUGUUUUUGGUUUUGUCAAGUUAUUGCCUGUUCUACAGUGAUCACUGCUGGGGUUCUUUUGGUCCUUUUUCAAGAGGAAUGUUGCUGUUUUUGUUCGCAAACACAUCUGCACCAUGAGUGAAGUUAUCCACCAAGUUAAAAUUCCCAUAUGCGACUUUAAGUAUUCCUAAAAAGGUAUUCCUAUGACGCAAAGUGCAUAUACUUUUCUGCUUUGUUCUUGCCGGAGGAGACCCACCCACCACAGAUUUUCAAGAGUUACUGCAGCUCUGUCAUACUGUGAAAUAUUCAACACUUUGAAAGUGUAUUUUAACAAUAUGUUGUGUUGACUGAUAUCAACACUUCAAAGUGGUGAGUUUUGCUCUAUUUGACUUAAAUUAACAUUGUCAUUAUUUCUGUGUAUUUCACUUUACUAUAGAGGUGUAACUUUACCUGAACAACCUGGUUGAAGAUUUAUUUACUUGUUGUUCUUCCCAAUAAGGAAAGGUUAUAUUUUACUGUACAGCUCUCCAAUACCUAAUCGAUACUCUGUACUUAAAGUAAAUUUUAAAAUAUUUUUACUUGAGCAAAAUUAAAGACAAAUCUUUUUACUUGUACUUCAAUACAUUUUUACCAGAAUAACUGUACUUUAUCUUGGAUAGAGUAGUUGUGUAGUUUUGACUUGUUUAUCUUAUAAUUUCAACAUUUUUACCUUUUUGUCUUUUACUCUACUAUUUUUUCAUUUUUAAGUGGCGGAGAUGGGCUUCCAUACUUCUUAGACUAAGGAAGAAAUGUAAACACAAUACCAACAAAAAGACUCUAACAGUGAAGAAAAAGCUUCAUAAACUAAAUUAACAUUUUUUCACAAAAUAAAAAGAUCAAUGUGUCUGUAGUCAUUCAUUGCAAGUAAAUUCAUAUUAUCUUAAUAACUGAAUAAACUUCUGGUCCCUACAGUCAGGGUUGCCAGGUCCACAGUUUUCCCGUGGAACUGGGCUACUUUCAACGUACUUCAACGUACGAUUUUUUGUCCGUGGGAUGAGCAGACCCAUUUUUUAUGUCUUGUGUAUGAGUAUUUAAUUUCUGUAGCAGAACAAACUACUCUAUUCACACUCAAGUACAACUAAAACAACGAGCAGAGAGGCAGGAAAACAUGGAACAUGGCACACAGACAUACAUGCCACCCACAGAGAAGCAGAAUGUCUGCAGGCUAUCAAGCAAUAUGCAGCAUGGCAGAGAUUUUACUGUAUUAUUUUGAAUUUUAGCAUUGGGCUUGGUUUUGGGCUAGUUUUUAUCGGCCAUUGGGCUGGUUUUGUCACACAGACCUGGCAACCCUGCCAACAGCGUUGGAUUAAAAGCGUGUGAUGACGCCCAUGAUUUUUUAUAUGCAUCACAAUUGGAUUCAUCUGUAAUAGACUGAAUCUUUUCAUUGUUAAUAAAUGAAAGUUUAACCACUUUUUAAAUCAAAAA